GUGCUUGCAGUGUCCUUGGCGCUGUUGGCAAUUGCCUUUGAAGCCUCAGGCUCGAGUGACACGAAGGCCACCUUCCUCGCGGAGCAGGCGAUGCAACGGGCGCAUGGGCAGCUGGAGGCCGCAGCGGCGACGCUGGGCCCGCCCCGCAAGGUGACCUUGAAGGAGUUCCUUUUGGACCCAACCUUCGAGCCUCCCCUGGUGGAGUACACGGUGGAAGAGAGUGACGGCGUCCACCGUGCACGAGUGGCUUUCGCCGGAGUCUCACACGCAGGUGCACCCGCAUCCUCCCAAGAGGAGGCAAGGCUGAGUGCCGCACUGGUGGCUUUGCGCUCGCUUCGAGCAAAGCAUCGCAACGGGGAGAAGCAUGGACAUCAGGGGACAACCGAGACCAUUGUCGUUUGUGGCAGCCUCGUAUCGCGGGGGGAUGAUGGGGAUGAGGAAUAUGGUGCGCAUGGGGAUGAGGACCAUGAUGAGGACUACGACGGCGAGGAUAAGGG